UUCGAACGUUUGAAAGAUAUCAAGCAAUUGGGCCUCUGUUACUGGGUUUUUCCUGGUGCUUCCCAUAACAGGUCAGCCAAUAGCUAUGGUUGGUCACUGUCAGUUUUGCCAACAGGUUCAGUUUUGGGGCAGGAAGGGUAGGCCCCCUUGCUAUGUCCCUGUCAGCCAGUCAGUCAAAUUAUAUCAGUUCACUACAGAUUGAGAGGUAUACAAUUACCUGAAAAAUACAAGGAGAAUUUCUCCUCUAUGUUUUGAGUGAAGCCUUCAUCACAAAGUUAGUAGUGUGGGCCACGAAAACUGUUUGUCAGUCUAUUAGUCAAACAGGUGAUUAGUCUGUGAACUCAGAUGUCAUUUCUAUGCUCGGAGUGAAAAUUAAACGUCAGAAAUGCUGUUUGGGUUCACAGACUAACUGGUGAUAAGAUGGUUUCUAAACAAAGAUAUACACUGUUUUAGGUAGUUCAGAUACAAACUGCAACAGUUAUAAGGGAUACAAUUUUAUGCAUCAUUUUAAACACAUGUAGGUUUGAACACUGCCUCGGUACAGCACAUCUCUGUGGCAAACUAAUUGACACCCUGUGUAACCUGCACCGUGGUGAAAUUGAAAUUACCAAGAAAGAAUCGCUCUGCAUAAAAAUUGCUGGCUUGUGUCACGACUUGGGACAUGGACCAUUCUCACAUUUCUUUGAUGGUGUAUAUAUCCCACGUGCGAUACCUGGUUCCCAAUGGAAACACGAGAAGGCGUCCUGUGAUAUGUUUGAUCACAUGAUUGCAUCAAAUCCUAGCCUGGCUGAAAGUUUUGAAGAGGAGUAUUUGGGCAGAGAAGAGAUUGAUUUUAUUAAAGAAUUGAUUCUAGGUUGGUGCACUUGUUUG